AGAGCUGCAGUUUCUCAGUUUACGAUAUGAGUAGCCCUAUACCUUUCGUUGCAACUAAAAUCGAAAUUUUCAGAAAGCGUCAUAAUAGGUGGUGGAAGAUUGUGCCAAUCAUUUUAUUAAAUAGUCUGGCUGGAAUAUUUGCAAACGGAAAUCUUUCCGUUCUAUUUACUACAAAUAUAGAUGUCCUACAGAUGGAAAAAUCAAUACGGCUCCAAAAUCAAAAACUUUUUAUUAAAAAAACCAAAUUAGUAAAUGAAACAGAUCGGGAAAGGCGAAAAGAACCGACUCAAGAAGGAUUUAUUAAUGAUUUCAGAAAUUCUCGUAUCUUUGAUUUAUCCAGAAAUGUUGUACCGAAUCACGAACAACAAAACGUUAUACAAGCUAAUUUCAGAGGACAGUCAACAAAACCUAAAAGUUCAAAUGGUUCCAUAACCAAGUUGAAAAAUUCUGCAAAUAAUGAGAACCAUUUGUACUUAAAUAUGCUUGAAGGACAAUUACCAGCGCUUAGCAUUAAAAUCAAGAUGCCCUUCCGAGAGAAUACAGCUUUAUUAUUAAAUCAUUACAAAGUAAAAAUAUCUAGAAUUAUUACUGAUACCACGACAAGGGAUGCUCUUCAAAUUACGGUCGAACUUAUUAAUAAAGGACUUGCAGCGAAAGAAUUUGUCAUAAAUGUUUGCAACUGUCAACAAUCCUAUGGGAUAUUAAGACCAAUAAGUGUUAAGAAAAUACUAUUUCCAUAUGUUGGAGAAUCUGUAACAUUUAUGUUGCCUUUAAUAAUUGGUUUAAGGAAAAACAUUAAAUUUAGUUGCGAUGUUGUUGUAAAGACCAGUAUGAUAAGGAUCGCUGCGGAAGCCGGGUCAAAAAUCCUGAAACAGCCCAAUGCAAAUAUGGCCAGUGUAGCAAAGAGGACAAUGGAUAUUAAAAUACAUUCAAGAUGUUUUUGUGUCUGGAGAUGUCGCUGCCAUUGCCUUGAUAAAUUGGAAACUUAUAUUAAUUUUAAUGUUUGUGAAAAAUUGAACUAUAAUUCCGAAAGCGAUGCAGGGCUUCUGUUAAACUGCCCACCUGCAGAGCAACGAAAUGAUAUAUGCAUCAUGGAGAGCAGUAGUGCUAACAAUAGUACAAAAUCAAACAAUUCGGUUUUGUUUAAAAUUCUACGCUUUGCUCUUUUUAUAUUGAUGGUGCUGUUGGGUUUAGGAUUUUUAAAGGCUGUUUUCGGAUUUUGUAUCAAAUCAAUAAAUAAGUUCGGGUUUAAUGCUAUUCAGCCGGGAAUGAUUUUUGAAUGCACUUCUACAACAAGAAUUUUUCUAGUUAAUUGUUUCUUCUUUAUUUGUAUACCAUUUGUUGUUUGGUGCAAGUGCUUUAGACCAAAGGUCGAAGAUUUAAUGGCCGCUAGUAGCGAAUGGUUGUGUAAUCCUCAAGCUAAGGAUGAAAACUCUAAAGAAAAUGAACUUGAUUGCAAACGCCGUCUUUUAUCUGGCUAUCAGGAAACCGGACAUAGCAUGACCGAAAAUGUUAUCCGUGCACUUAUGCCAGUACACGAAACUGAUUUAUUUGAAGAUGAAAAACAAGACGAUGAUGAAAGUACAGCUUAUAUUUUAGAAGUAUUGGAAGAGAGCAAAAAUUCGCUAAGCAGAUUAGUAAAGUUAUAAAUUAAAUAACAUUCUU